AUGGGAAAUGAUUAAAGAAAGCCUGAGGCCCCUAAGCCUUCAAUAGAUGAUGCAAUUUUGGAUAUGAAAUUGGCAUCAAAAAGAUUUGCAAAUGAAUCAAAGAAAUGUGAAAAGGAGAAAGAUAAAUUAAUGAAUUAGGCGAAAAUAGCCUUAUCGAAAAACAAUGAGGAAGGUAAAAAGAUAAUGAAUACAAUAUAGGUGCAAAACUAUUUUUAACAUCAGCUAUGAAUAAAUAAAAAGAAGCUGAAAGUUUGUAGAAGAUGGCACAUAAGAUGGAUUAUAUGCAAGGUAUAAUAAAGAAUAGUACAAAUUAAACAAAAACAGUUGAAGCAUUAGCAAAAAUAAGUCCAAUAAUGCAUUAAUAAGUAUAUAUUUAUUAUUAAUUAGGUUUAAAACAUGCCUUUAGAGAUGGUUUAUUAAAAUAUUAAUUAAUUUGAAAAAGCAAUGGAUGAAAUGUAAGUGUAAGGAAACAUAAUGACAGGAAUGCUUAACCAAAAUAAUAAUGUUGGUUAGGAUCUUGCAGUAGAAUAAAUGAUGGGAUAAUUAAAAUAAGAAUUACACAGUGAAGUAAAUCAUAAUGUUAAUUUUAGGUGGCUAACGAUUUAAAUGCAAAUCCCAAUGUUCUUUUUAAAGAAUUAAAUUAAUAAAACCAAUAAUAAAAUGCCUAAGCAAUUAGUAAUAACUAAAUUAAAUGAUUUUAUGAAG